AUGUCGAUCGCGUCGUCGCCUCGGCAGGACAUCGCGGCGCUGCUGGGGCGGCGGUUUCUAGCCGUCAUACCCAAGGACCAGCUGCGACUGCUCGAGCAGCCCGAUUCGUGGGCGGCAGAUUUCAAGAACAAGCCCCACGGGCAGGCCCAUAUCCCGGGACAUGUCCUCGAGACAACCAAGCAAGCUUACAGGGCCAGCAGCCGCAAUGAGGACCAAGGCGAGAGCGGCAUCCAGAACGAAGACAGCCAUGGACACGCGCCGGCCUCUUCCGCGGCCCUGGAUGGCAUGCCCUCAUCUUCACCUGAAAGGAGCAUACCAUGGAGUCAAUCGCCCAGCCGGAGCCGGCCUCCACAGCAAGCUCAUGUCGAUUCGUCAGUCAUUCACGAAACUCCCAAAUCCGCAUCUUUCAAGGCUCUCCCUCCGCCAACCGAAUCGCAGCGGCCGCAGGACCUCGACUCGGACGAUGCAAUGAGCAGCAAUGACGAGGACGAUCUAGAGAUGGCGCUGCCCCAGGCCCAGGUUGCGGCCGACCCUCCGGUCAACAUGGCUGCAGCGCGUCUGGCACCGACGCCGACGCCGUAUCGGGCCGACAACACACAAGCGGUAGACACGCCGCCACCCUGCGCUCAGCCCAGCCAACCCGUCGUGAUUCCCGCAACCGCCGCAAAGAAUGUCAAGUCGUGUCCUCCCCAGCCCUCCGUCGAGGGUCGGCGCCAUCGACACAAGUUGAUUGUGCUCAACAACAGUACGGUCAAGCCCGUGGCUUCUGCGACGGCCGGGAGGAGAAUGCCCGCCACCAAGAUGUUUGCCGACGUCAGCGGCUCCCAUGAUACUACAUCGAGCUCAAUGGUCCCGGCAACCUCCCAAGACUCCUCGGUGCUCGACGGUGUGGUGACGUCCAUCGAGACGACUUCAGAUCUUGUCCCACCUGCCCCACGACCGGAGGCUAGCCGCACGGGUCAAGGCGGUUGGAGCGUUGCUGCCGCUGAUGCCGCGCAGCCGACGCAUCCCGGUCAGGUAGAGCCCCUCGUACGUCAAGCAGUACAGGCGUGGGCGACGGAGCCCGCAACUCAUGAGAUGAAUCCGUAUCGAGUGUUCGCGGCGGAGUAUCCCGACUAUGUGGCAUGCCAUGGCGGAAGCCUGUGGAAUUUCGUCAGAGCAUGCGUGUGCGUGGAUUAUCUACGAAGGGAAAGAAUGCUGAGGGAAUGCCUGUUUGACGACUUUGUCCGGGCGUUUUCAGUAGGCUACUUACAAUAUGUCGCCCGAGCAGGGCCCGGCCAGGAACCCCUUCCCGCCAUUGAAUGGUUCAACCUCCUGGGCGGCGCGCCGCUCUACAACCGAAUGGUGGUGUCGAGAAAGAACUUGGAUGCCAUCCUCGCCGCCUUCCCGGAAGAAGUGAAGAAAGCCCGCAACAUCAUCAGGGACGACGACGACGACGACGAUGCCAUCCAGGAGGCGAGGCCGGCGGAAAGGGAGCCGUCCCUCGUCACCGGACCGAUGCCAUCUGAAUCGCCGGAACCGAGGCCGGCCCAUACUCCACGCAGUGCCAUUGGUGUGGGCCGUCUGGAGACUCCCAGCGCGGGGCGGCGGCCCUCGCGACUGCAGACUCCUCCGGUCCCGCGUCCGCCGUCCCCGCAGCUGGGCUCGGAUGGUCCUGUUCCACCCUCGGCCGCGCCCACGCCUUCGGCUUCGGCCAGGUCGAAACGUCCCCCCCUGUCCCAGUACCUCACCCUGCUCACUACCGCCGGGAGGCUGGGGUCGGCGAGAAAACGAUCGGCCGAGGACCAGGAGCGGCUCCGCGAGCACUUUCGGCGGCGGAAACUGAGCGGCAAGCGGAGCGUUGCGAGCAGCAGCUGA